AUGAUUGUCUAUUUCCAGUAUGAAAAGGCACGGCUGGAGCGAGAACGGAUCGUGGAGAUGAGCAAAGGCGUUGGGAAGCCUCGAGUAGGCGGGCCGUUUGUGCUCAAGGAUCUCAAUGGAGAGACCUUCACGGAGGAGAAUCUCAAGGGCAAAUACAGCUUUGUCUAUUUUGGUUUCACACACUGCCCUGACAUAUGCCCGGACGAGCUUGACAAGAUGGCCGAGAUCAUCGACGAGGUACGGGCCAGGUCGAACGGACAGGAGGUGAUGCGCCCGGUCUUUAUCACCUGUGACCCGGCCCGAGACAGCCCAGAGGUGCUAAGAGGGUACCUGAACGAGUUCCACAAGGACAUCAUCGGCCUGACGGGCACGUACGAGCAAGUCAAGGAUGUCUGUCGCCAGUACCGUGUCUACUUUAGCACUCCGCAGAACAUCAAGCCCGGCGAGGACUACCUGGUUGACCACAGCAUAUAUUUCUACCUAAUGGAUCCUGAAGGCGAUUUUGUCGAGUGUAUCGGACGGCAGGACACACCCCAGACGGCAUCAAAGGUCAUCCUGGACCAUAUUGGAGACUGGAAGAGGGCUGGCAAGCCCCUGGAUGUGACUCCCAGUAGGAAGUAG